AAUCUUCUAAUAUGAUCUUAUUAUCACCUUGAACUAUUAGACAAAGUUAAACUUUCUCCGAUCAUAAUUAUCAUACAAUAAGACUCAAAUUAUUUCUCGAUCGUUGGAUUGGGUUUCAAACAAUGGUUCGUAAACGGUAUCAAGAAGCCAAAACAGGUUUCCAAUUGUUAAAAUCAAUAGACGCAGACAAGUAUCUAAAAAAGAUAGGAUUAGGCAAAGAAGAUCAUUACUUUUGGAAGCAAGUCGGGAAGGCAUUGCUAUGCACCUACACGCUCUUUGGCGUCGCAUGGCUUUACAACGAAACGUCGCCGCUAGGGUGGUGGACGUUGAAGCCUAGACCAAAAGAAGAAAGGGAAUUAGCCCAUUUAUAUGAGCGGCGAGAGUUUCCGUACCCCGGUGAUGCUGAGGCCAUGGAAGAGUUCGUUGCUAAGGGAGGCAUGAUCGGAACUACGAUUGGGCCGAAAGGGAUAAUAGAAACCGAUAAAGAUUCGGUUAAUUAUCAGAAAGAGAUGCAGAACAAGAAAUUCGAACAGGAAGCGAUGAAGCUUUGGGUUAGGAUGAGGAAUGAAGUUAUUUCAGAGCUUCAAGAGAAAGGGUAUGAUGUUGAGUGAGUGAUUUUUUCAGCUAUGGUGAUUAUAUUGUUAAGGGUCAAAUUUCGUUAUUAGUCCUUAUUAUGAAUAAGUUGUGGAUUGUGGAUUUAAUUUUUGUACUUCUCAGUUAGUCUUUGUUUUUAUGUGUUAAUUAUCCUUUGGUGUAAUUGAUACCCCUUCAUGUAUGAUGCAAUUGAACCAAGCUCAAAAGCUCGAGUUAGACUUGAAAUCGUGUUUGAAGCUUGAGCUAAAUUUGAGAUCAUAUAUAUUAUUAAUUUUCAUAA